AUGUCACUCAGUCCGAUGCAUUCUAGUAGGACUGAGGAAGCCGCACCUCAAAAGUUAAGUGAUGAUAUUAGGAUUCUACAGAACAAAUGCGUCUUAGGGGGGAGGCCCAAAACAGGCACAUCUGGGCACAGAACAAUAGUAAGAGUAAAUAUUGUCAUUGGUGCAAAUUAGAAGCUCAUAUUUGUUUGUUUUGGGUUGAAGUUGUAUAGUCCUUAAGGGAGGCUGUAGUCGUGACGUGCUGUUGUAUAUUCUCACGCUUUUCAAACUUCACCACCAAAGGCUACAGGAUCGAUGAGUAGUAUCGCCUCGGUGUUCUCCGCGAUGAAUCGUGUUAAGAAAUACUUGCGGAUCGAAAUGUGGUUUUUGAUUCUCUUCCCCCUUUGUACUGCGUCGAAUUCAAGGCUCAUUUUUAGGCCCAGAGGUAGUGAAUAUCGCGCAAUUAAUCCCAAGCCUGGAGGUAAGGAGAACUUUUGCUAAGAUUUCGUGGAUUUAUAGUCAUUCUGUUUAUUUAUAGUCGGAGAUUAUACUGUAAUCAGUAAACCAUUUCCUAAUCGCUUUAACAGCCAUUUUUCAACGCAAAACUAAAGUGUGAAAGCGUGCGUGUUUAUACAUUCGUCGGUAAUAAUGACUAAAAUCAAUGUAGGAAUUGCCACUGUGUACAUUUUUGAAAACGAUCACGCUUUCUAUAUUUCUAGCCCAAAAUUUCGUCAGAAAUUACUUUCGUGUCUCCAUCUAGAUAAUUUUCCGCUUGACUUACAGAAGAGAGAGCUUCACCCUCAAGUUUGUCUUUAAUUUUCGGAGAACUUUACAAUUUCCCUUUUUCUACGUUUUUAGAUAUUUAAGGAAAGACAGGGAAGUUGUAGGCAGACGUCAUUGCAUAUUUUGCGAAAGGCGGCUCUCACUUUCCACUCAUUCCUGCGAUUUUAUGGCGCGCGGAAUAUAACAGGCGACGUCACUUUCCGCAUUGUGGUUUAAUUUUAGUUUCUUACAAACGAUACGCACUGUCGAGCAAUUCAAAUUUAAAUAGCGUGAAAAUUCCCGGACGACAUGGUUUGAAAUUAGGCGCGUAUAGCUUACAUAAUACAUUUACAGACAGCCUCUCAAUGGUUGCAGAGGAUAGUGAUCACGCAUACAAAGUUGGUAUGAUGUUGAAACCAGUUAUUUGACAGUAUGGAACAUCGCUGCAAAUUAAAUCGCCGUUCAUGUGAUAGCACAUGUUGCGUAACACACUCGUAAUUUCUUGAAAUAAUUCUGGUUGAUUCGUUUGGUUGUAGUUAAUUGUCCUAGGUCCUCUCGCACUUAGGCGCCAUAUACAGCGACUCUUGAAAGUUCUAAUUCUGUUAAUGAGCGUUUUCAUACUUUCACGGAAACAGUUCGGAGAGCCUUUCUCGAUGUUAGCAGAUUGACCCUGCACCACAGUUGAAGUUUUAGCCCUUCAAAGGAUCGAUUGCUAAGGAAUCCGUUUAAUUAACAACCUUGGAUCCUUCCCUUUGACACAAAUAGUAGAAUUCAGUGCCUCAAAGGCCAGAACUAUUCGAUGAAUGUACAGUUUUAAAAGUUCUAAAGUGAGUUAAAUCUUUCUUUUUUUGACAGGGUGUAAUUUUGGGAUUCAACAUAAGGUUAUCGACGAGAGCUGGCACCCGGAUGUAGCCCCUUUCGGGGUUUUGUUUUGCGUGAUAUGCACAUGCAACAAGGUAAGACAACAACGCAACCUAUUCCUUUUUUUUAGGCACACGGUUAUAUCUUGGUCGAACUAACACCUGGUGCAGUCCUACACCAAAACAAUUCGCUUAACGGUUCCAUAAGUAAAACAUCAUUAUUGAAAUCAAUGCAGUUUGGAAAGGCACACCCCAAACGCUCUCUGCCGCUUUUGAUCUGAUGCUAUCACUUUCUUUCAAACGCGACCCCACGGCAAGCCACCGCAGAUAAUUUAUCUUUUCAUCCUCCUUAAUCCUUUUCACCUCAUGAUUGUAGAAAUUUAUCGCAUUUGUUUCUGCAAUAGUGCAAUUAGCACUCAAUUGAAGCUAGGAUCUCCCGGCUAGGUGUCUAAUGAAUCUCCGUGCUUCGACACACCUACUUUGUUCUCAUUUCAUAUUUACAACAAAACACUUAUUUGUUUGAAUUCAAUUCAUUCGCCUAUUAAAUAGAUCCUUAGUACAAGCAUUCACAAAAGGCCUUGUCUACCCGAUUCAGGAAAAGACUUUGUAAUUAAACUAUACAGCCGCCAUACAUUCUCAAUUGCACGGGUCACGGGUAGACAAAAUUAUCACACGUAGCUCCAUAUGAACUUCAGAUAAAACAUUUAUUUGGAGAAAUCUUUUCAUUUUCUAGGUGUGUCGUCGAAAAAUACCGGCAGAUAUCUAAAAAUCAUCUGAAAGAAAAAUCAAUUCCGAGGCUUGCCUUUUGAGAUUACUAAUUAAUAGAGCGCAAACAAACUCAUUUUAAAACACGAACAAAAAGCUUCCUUUAUAGCUCCGUACCCCACGCAAAGGGCCGCCAUCGAAUGAAAAGUUCCCUUUAUUUUGUGACAGAAUCCUUUUCUUUCUGUCCGUGUUCAAUUUAUUCGACGGAAACAUGAGAAAUGUUCAAACAGAGAGUAAACAUCAGGAAGUGAAAUGUCGUCUCAACCUACAUUUGCGAACACCAACGACACGUCGAAACGACAAGCAGAGGUUUAUCGCCGUAAAAAUUUAUGUUAAUCAGAUACAUCAUCAUCGAGACUGGUUGGUUUACAAUUUCAUCUUUGAGCAGAUAAAUGCCGGCAGUUAAUCCUCAAUAACAUCUUUAAUUCGAGUCGCUCGGCCUUUCACUAGUUGUUUAUUAGAUCCGGAAAUCCUGAACUAUUGUAAAGGUUAUCUGUCAAAAGUUCAAGUAGCUACAAAUAAAAAAAGAUGGAAAAACAAAUAAUAGAACCAUUUUCAAUUGGGUUUCGAGAGUAAUCUGGGAUUGGAUUGGCUUUUCUUCACUGUGUUCAGGGAGAACUCGGACCAACUUCUCAACCAAACAGAUGCAAAACUUCAUCUAUUCUCGGUUCAAUAAAUCGUAUUUUCUCCUGUUUAUGACUUUCUGCGUGUAAUUACCAUGACUUCAAUGCUUUCUUUCGAUCGAUAGGAAUGGGAAUUGCGACUCUCAAUCGAAAUGCCCUCUUUGUACUUUACUUCAGCAAAGAACACGUUUUGAUACAUUGCUGCCACUAAGUAAAGAAAUUGUCUUGAAGUAAACUACCUUCCCUUUACACUCCAUUUUUUUGUAAAGAUUUUAGCUUCUUGAGCUUACAUCUAAAGCCGUUUCGUUUCUCGUAACAGAUUUCAAACAACUCUGAAAAAGGGAAGGUGACAUGCCGGAAUAUGCGAAACCGCUGCCCAACUACAUCAUGUGCUCGGCCUAAGGUUGAAGAAGGGCAUUGCUGUCCAUCGUGCCCAGACGGUAAGACAACAAGAUCAUGAAUAAUCUCAUUUUAAGCUCAAGAAAACUCUAAUUAAUAUGGGAAAAAAACACAUCUUCAGUGAGCUUCAUUCAAACAGCGCUUUGAACUAGUUGAAGUGACCACAGAGACUGAGUAUGUUUUGGUUUUUUAGAGUUAUUUGCCGCAGACUAUGUACUAAUUUUUUUUCUACAAAUAAAUUGUAUACACAAAAAUUUUUCUUCUUACCGUGUUAUAAGAUCAAAAGAGUAUCCUAACCCUUCGAAAUAUGUCUUCAAAUGUGCUGAAGAUUCAACCACGAACGUCACUAUUUUAAGAGCAACUCAGUAACCAGGCCGCACACAACGCAUGAUGUCCCAGAAUUCAACUCAAAUGGCGGGAAACACGACGUGCCUUGUCAAUAAGCCUCACUGCUUUUAUUUGACUGACCCUAAACCAAAAAAAAAGCCUCUUCGCCAGGUUGAGUAAUUUAGCGGUAUCUAUCGAUUGCUCUUAGCUGAAGGGUCAGGCAAAAUGCCAUCAAUCACUAGGAACUUGAAGUUAACUUCGGUUCACUUGGCGCUAGCUGUGAUUCUACCAUUGCACGUGAAUGGUUUUGAAAAGAGAACCACCUCGCAAGUGAGCUCAUUUAACAAUUAUUUAGGCGAAAAAGCGAAAAUUCAUUAUGUAACUUUGCGGUUUCCAUAAAUUAAAUGUUUUUUUUAAAUACAAACUUAUUUUGUAUCGUUUUUCUUUUAAGAGUUCAUCUCAUUACUGAGGGCACCUGCAUCUUCAGUUUCCCGCCAAAAUGGCGUGGGACGCGUGCAUUUCACUCUGGUGCGAAACACACUUCACAUUUCAAUACGUUAUGAAGGGUAAGUACUGAUAUUCUCGUUUCUGAGAAUUUUGAAUUUGUUGGUUUGAUUCGACCACUUAAUUUUAAAUAUUUUUCAUCGCAAACCACAGGUCUCGAAAGCUUCGCAUGGCUUCGUUUAAAGAUUCCAAAGGAUCACCACUGAAGGAAAUAAACAUUCCGAAAAGAUCUAUUAAUGGAUCCCAGGUUAGUACUUUUAAGAUGGACCAAGAGAAUGUCUACAGUUGAUAUUCUCUUGUUACCUUGUCUGGAUUGAUUCGAGGAAAUUCGAAAAUUUUAACCCUCUCCUCGUUCUCGACGAAUUUUUAUCCAUGGAAAAUUUCCGUUACCUUUUUCUCUGGCGUUUUCCAUCUUCCCUGACGUUCGGCGGUACCCAUAUUUGCACCCUAGAGGAGUGAGGUAUUGUGAGAAUUAAUAGUAUUGCCUGAGAACAUACAAAAACGACCCGGCCAGGGAUCGCACCUAAAUCUCUAUGUUUGUGUAGGGUUGUUCAAAACACAAGUUUACUCAUUCGAAGACCACACCUCGAGAGCCUGAGCUCGGUAACUUUAUUUGGGCCCUGAGCCGUGUUUUGAAAUCUAAAUCUAAGGAAUAACAGCACGGGUCUUAGCUCAAAAACCAAACCAUGCUGUUUCGUUUUCUGAUUUUUUUAAACUAAAAAAACUAUAAACUCUCGAUCUUUGAAGGCGAACGGGGCAAUCAUAAAACAUUUUCCAGGACCAGUAACUACUGAGACUUUCGAGAGACGGUCCCUAGCAAGGAGUAGUGUGAGUGCGAUUUUAUAACCCAGUUCUUUAUCGAUUUCUCUCUUUACAUAUCAGUAAUUUUUCAACAAAUCUUUCAUAGAGUUUAAAGCUUGCGCUUUCUGGAAUCUAAGAGAUUCAAGGGAAAAAUGUGAUUGGAAAAAAUAUUUUAGUUCUGUUAAAAAUGUUUUACCAGCCUUCUUAUUGCAAAUUUAACCAAAACGGGUGACAUCGCAUUCAAAAACAACAAAUGUUUUCCCGGACACAUAUUUUCUCCAAAAACGAUGAGUUGGCAAAAAAUUUGCUUUCAGUGUCGCCUCGCCAAGAAAACUUCUGUCGUUGGUUUUUUUUUUGUUUUUUUUUUUGCGUCGUUUCUGUUGCCAAAGUUUGAUUAUUGAUGCCUUCUAACGUAGGUAUGUCUUGUGUGGAAUCAACUGAGUAAAAAGAAUAUUGAAUCCUUUAAACAAGGACAAGUUAGCAUGGAAUUGAAACUCAAGCGACAACAGAACGCAGUUGGACUCACUGGAGACAUAAUAAAGUACGAUUCGUACUCGCAAGGUAUGUUUCUCAAACAGAUGUUAGAGACUUUACGCAAACCAAGACGGCGAAGGUAACAAGAAAAUUGCAAGACAAAAGAUCAGCUGAAAAAUAGCACGGCUAGUGCGUUUCAUAACUUUUUGCAUUUCUCAGCCAUAUUCUAAAAAACGGCAACGUGAAAUCACCAAAAUAUGCAUGGUCUGAGAACGGAAACACCCAGCGCAAAUUUGUUUCAGUUUCCACUUGGAACUCAACGCCGCUCAUAUACGUUAUACUGAGGUUGAGGUGUGGCGCCUUACUAGACUGUAAACACUUUCAGCCAUUCGCGACAUUCAAACUGAAAUAUAAGUUCAUUCUUAAAUUGACGUCGCAUUCCUUGGCGUUGCCGUCUUGACUGCUGAAGGUCCCUUUUGCUGAUCGAUAUCACCAUUGUCGACCCAGCGGGUGUUCUGUGAGUUUGGGUAUAUUAUACAUCGCUGAGAAGGGCAAAGAUAGUAUCAAUAAUGAUGCCGACAAUUGUGACGAGUUCAGUUAUGAAUAUCAGCUCUGGAAAAAGCCGACGUGAAUCAGUGCUGAAAGAAAAAUAGACAGAAAUCAAAAUAUACCUUACUAAGAAGGCCGCAAAAUUUAUUUCGUGAUUUGAUUCUUUUUCUAUGGCACUUUCUCAGAGGAAAAUUUCUAAUCAUUCGUAACGGAGUAAGUUGAGCAUGAUAUUGUUUAUACGCAUUUUUCGCGUGUGUAGAACAAACAUUAGAUAAAACGGGAAUUUCCUGCAUGGAUGAACCUCAAACCCACGACCCAGAAAUGUGCUACAUGCUCGCAAUACAUUGGGAUACAAUUGGAAACGACACUGGAGGCAUUCGCCCGUGCAUGGCACGGUUUUUCGUAAACUUCCUGCCAUCUCUCAACCUUCCAUACCUGUUUCUAUAGUUAUCAACAUCAAACGGAGAAAACAUCAAUAUGUUUCCUGCUUUCAAAGACAAAUGUCUGGGUCUUUUUAACAACUUUCUGAUGGUACCUAAGUCACAACAGGAAAAUAUAGAAAGAACUGAAUUCAGUCGCAAAGAGAGACGUGAUCAGCUUAAUUAAAGAAGAUCAAAAGCAAUUUUCUGUAAUAACGAUCAUGGUACUAAUUUUAAAAUGAAGUUUUCAUCACGUUAUGUAUAGGUUGUGUUUUUCUAAGGCUCCAAAUUAAGAAAACCGUCGUCGAAAUUGCAUCAAUUAAACGGUCUUCUGAGCCCAAUAGAUGUCUGCUAUGAACAUACAUUAAAAGAUAUUGCGCGACGACAUCAUGGUGUUUAAGAAAGUUUUUACAGGCAUUCUAUCGUGUUUAGAAGUGAUAAUGGUUCAAUUGGUUGUUGAACGAUUAUUUUGUCAAUAUCAACAACAGUCUUUGUAUUAUCAGCUCGCGAUGAACUAUAUUUGAUCGACGACACCAGCCUCAGGCGAAGUGAAAUGCCCGGCGAUGAUAUCAUUAUAUAGGGGCGAUUAUGAACUAACUAUACUAGCCUGUUUCCCUGCUCAUAAGAUUUUUCAAUAAAUUUCUUCCUUAGAAAGACACACAUCAUUUUUUUUAGAGGAUUUAACCUUUACUUGACAUUCAAACAAGUUUGUUGACCAGCUAGUAGCUCAUUUCCAAAGUUUACUUCUAUCUAACUCUGGCCAUGUUUAUCCACACGCGUGGGAUAUUUGCAAGAGUUAUAUCCAUGAGUGCGCUCAAAUCUCAACUAUCGGUAUACCAAAUCUGCACAUGCAAACAGAACUUUCACUCGUCCUUCACCUUUUGCCUUUCCUUCACCUGUUCGAUCAGAUUGAUCAAGUGAUUUGUUUAUUUGAUUGCUACACAAAACAAAUUUCUGAAAUACAUCGCUGCAUAUUGAGUCAAGUUCACGCUCGCAAAAGUAUCUUCAGAAAAAUUCAGUUCUAUACACUGCACUCGUUAAAGUGACGAGUGUGAGCUAAUUAUUCCAUAGCAAGGUCCCGGGUCCUUCGUUUUCGACUGAUUAAAGGUCAUUUCAAGGAAAUAAGACCACUUAUUUUUCUCGGCCAAAGGUUUUCUUUUGGCUGUCAAAUGUUCUCAAAAAUCUAAUACAAAAGGGUAAUUUUGUUUCUUUAGAUAUCUGACUGCAUAUCUGGCGGUGAAUUUUAAUUCUAUAGCUUGUUUUUCAUUUGGGAAUUUCUUAAUUUGCACCAGAAAUAAGUUCCAGUUUGUUCAUUUUGGUGAAGGAUAUUUUUAACUUCAUUGAGGGACGGAGGAGAAGAUAGUUUUUCAUACUUGCUUUCGAGAAUGUGCGAUUAAAGAAGUCCCUGCUUGCUAAUUAGAUGUGGAAUAGUGCGCAGUAAAGAUACAAUGUUUUGAUAAAGAGCGAGCUUAAUAUUUAACAUUUAAUUCAUCUCUUUCCCCCAACUUUUUUAUUACCAACUUUUGGCUGCUUCGAUAAAAGUUCAAUUUGGAAUUCUACCAGAAUACUUUUUGGCUUGAAGUGUUAGAGUGCAAAUUUUUUUGAACAUAAAAAGUAACACCAUUCUACUAGAAAGGUUUUAAUUCCGUUUUCUUCUGAUUUUCACCUGUAGAAAGCUUCGAAGCACUGCUGUCGUCUGAUGAUGAGACAUCCAAUGCGUUGGCUUCUUUCAACUUGGCCAAAGGUGGAAAAAUUCUCAGAAUGAAUCUCCGCUAUGAUGGAUCACACAGCCUAGGUGAGAAAAUGGCAAACAGGACAUGUUGCAUAUUUAUGGUUUGACUAAAGAGCUGAUUCCAAAGUUAAAUAUUUUCCUUCGAUUGAGCUCAAGCUAAAGACCUUGUGGUACACUAUUGUAGGCUAAAUGAAAAUAUUUUUUUAAUCUGAAAAGCAUUCUGUUUACUUAUUUGAAAGGCGAUGUUAAAAGAAUACUUUGUAAAGAAACAUCGAAUUUGUGGAAAACUGAACGUAAAGUAAAGAGCUGGAAGAAGAUCUGUGAUAGUCUCUGCCGUUAAAUAUCUAACUCGAUUUACACAUCUCUCCUUGCUCGCAGGCUCAGAAACUCAGAUCACGAUCAAGUUGACCAGAAAUCCUACCAAUAACAGAGGAGCUCGUGAUGUGAAGGCAAUCGGCCCGUCACAAAUUAAGCAAGAGGUGAACAGCUCUAGACAGAAACUUUUAUCUUUCAAAGCGUUAGUAGAUACCAGCGGACGCCAAAGUGAGGCGUUACUUGACGGAAAAAAAUUAAAGUAUUGGAUUUUGAUCUUUAUUCAUCUUUGCAGAAUUCCAACUUAAAAACGGCGUGGCAGAAUCCUCCUGAGCAUGUGCUGAAGUGGAUGUCGCGUGGUUAUCUAAAUAUCACUGUGAUAUUGAACACUGGAGACCAAAAGACGAAACUGACCGGUCAAAUAAGCAUUAAAAGAACUUGUAACAGUAAGUGACAGUUAAUAUUUUUUGGAACGUGCGGUCAUUACAAGCGGUAUCUUGCAAAGUUAAUCCUUAAAGUACCCUGCAGAUCAGGGUAAAAUUUUACUCAUUUCAAGUUGAAUUCUUGUUAUUUGGCUUGGGUCGAUAACAGUUUUUCUUGGUUUUUUUUUCCACAGCCAUUGUCUCCCAGCUCUCCGGUCGAGAAGCUCCUAGGCCCACGAUGACAGGCGCCAGCGGUUAUGCCUCCUUUGAUUUUUUCAAUAAUGGUCAAAUACGUUAUCAGGUAAUUUAUGUUAAUCAUUCGGCAAAUGAAACCUGUGGCUUAACCCAGGUUUUAAGGUAGAGCAUUUGGUAAAAACUUGGCUAAACUGGUAGGUUAGAGUAACUAUUAAGCACGUGUCAGUGGUAAUCGAGAAUUGCAUAAAAGGAGUAAGUUUCUAAAGAAACUGUGGUGCUGCGUCCGUGGGAGAGUAUAACGGGGUAAUUUAGUAUUAUCAACCGAGUUCAUAAUGUAAAUUGGCCACCAUGAAGGGUUUAAAAGAUUUACGGUGACCAAUUUACGUUAUCAACUCAGUUGAUAAUACUAAAUUACCCUGUAAUCAAGAGUUGUUUAUUUGUUGUUGCAGAUUUUGCUAUCGGGAAUGGUAAAUCCUGUGACAGAAAUCAAUCUUCAAGCCACAAACCGCAAGCAAAAAGUGAAAAGACUUUCACGAUCAGUAAGCUUUGAUGAACACGGGCGAAUUAAGGUCAGUUACUACAGAAUCAAAUUGCAGCGUAAACGAACACUUAGACUUACCCAAGGUUAAGUUGUAAACUUAACUCUGUCAAAAGGAGAGAUGCAUGUAACACACUUGUCAUGUACGUAAGACCCUAAUCGAGACAAUUCGAACCUUGCUUAGUUGCGAUUACAUGACUGGAUGCUCUGCCAGGCUAAAUAGAGCCACAAGAGAGCUCUUUAAAACUUGAUGCAUAUAUCACAGGUAUACUGUAUAAUUUUCACAACGGCAACAUCGAGACUUACAGUUUGCAUUGGUGUCAGUGUAAAGAAAUGGUAAAUUGUCCAAAAAAAUGUUUAACUUGUGUCACGAAAGCCUCUUUCUUGGCAUUUUAUCAGAAGUUUCACUGAAGUCACUCAAUACGUACCCACAUCUUUACCUUUUCAUGCUGAUCGUUUGUACAAGUGGAUGUUUAUUCUUGAAAUUAAGAUCUCGUUGCAUUUUAGUUGACAGGGGUGUGGCUGAGGCCGUCAUUUCAAGAAAUUUGUUGGUUAUUUAGUGGCAAUAUAUUCAUCAAUGUCAGCACCCAGGCGAAUAGGGGAGGAGAAAUGUAUGGACAGCUGAAACAGUUUCCCUUUAGAGGACACCAUUUGUCAUACCACGGUAAGGAAGUAGAUUAGGUUGCAUGCUUCAGUUCCGAUCAAGUUUGUUUUUUUUAACCUGUGUUUACAAUAAAUAGUUUAACAUCCCGUGGAAGUGUUGAUGAAAACUGCGGUCAUUUGUUCCUUGAAACUUUCGCUCAACCCCGCCCCAACUCCUUGUUCAAAAACUCAGUUGGCACAGUUUUAUUCAGGAAACUAGUAAGGAGAUUUAACUCGUUUAACUCGAAAUUUUUACAACGACUUUUCCCAAGUAAACUCCUGCAUUUCAUAAAUCUUUGAGGCUGAACCCUCUAUGUAGGAUUUCUCCUGAUCGAGAGCAAUUUUUUCCUUCUCCUAGAGAGUUUUUGUUUUCCUCACUGCCGUUCUUUGUAAUCCUAAAAGGUGUCCUCAAAUGUCAGUAAAAUACAUUUCCCCCAGCGGCACGAAGACAAUGCUCUCCUUUGCCAACAGAAAUCGCUAUUCUCCUUUCUCUAGAUCCACCGACUCUCUUAUCUGGUAACGAAGUUGUUCCCAGGAUUCAAACUGGCGCCGCGGGGCAGGCCUGGUUUUCACUCGACAAGAGCUGUGCACUGCACUAUCACCUGAUCCUCAGUGGCAUGGACCGCGGGCGCAAGAACAUGAGGACUGCAGAACUCUUAGGCUUUGCGGAUUAUGGCGAGGUGCCCCAGUCGUACGAUGAACGUGUGCACUUGUUACGAUCAUUUGAAGGAGAAACGGUUGGUGUUCGUGUUGCUUGUCAUUAAUGCAGCAAUUUAUGUUCACUAUCAAAAUGGGGUUAUACGCGAAUGCAAGUCGCUGUGAUUCAUUUUAUCCCAGCGAAUAUUGAAAGAAUUCAAAUCAGUUUAUAUCCGUGUAACUAGUUUCACGGAGAAUUCUCCGUGUUACACGAAGCAAAUUACCGCUACAAAACGUCGCUCAGCACGUGCGGGCAGAACUUUAAACAUUCACACAAUACUGUGAUAAAUCUUUCGUUUUCCUGAAUGGCUCUGACCAAUAUUGGAAGGAUAAAGUUAAGGGAAAUUCAAAUUAGCAAGAAUUGGCCUGCCUUUAAGCUAUGAUAUAACUUUGUGACUCUAUAAGCUUUUCAGUGGAUGGAACGGCAGUGUUUUUCUUUUCUUGAAUAAGUUUUACUUUAGGAUUCGAAUGAAAUAAGAAAACUCAGGAGUAAAUUUGAUCAUUCGAAUUUGCGUUAAACGCCGUUUUAAAAAUUUCCCCAGACGAAGUGAAGACGCACUCCGACAACAAAGUAUUCAAAACGUUAAGAACGUCGUCGCUUUGUAAACACGACGUGCGGACCUAUAUAUUGCCCUGUCGUGGCGACCUCUCAUGGAGACGUCAGGUCGCAUAAUAUAAAAAUAAGAUUACUUUACGUCCAGACGAUCCCGAGCUUUUGCCGCGUCAUUCUUUCAAGUCUCUUUGUGUUUGCAAUGUCCCCUUAAUCAAUUUCAGAGCUGUACAAAGCGCGGAUCUCCAUGAUUCUUUAACGUAGGUCAAAUGUACAAAUCACAGUUUAAAAAUUUCAGAUCAACUUCGCACAUCUUAUUAAGUAAAAAACGAGUUCGCAUUAUUAAUAUUAUUUCCACCAAAAUAUAUUUGAAAAUUUAGCAAUAUACCAAAGAAUCAAACUAUAUGCAAUUAACGAUAUAGAGAGAACAUUAAUCAACUAUAAAAUCUUAAGUCUAAGUAGUUACACUACAAAAUUAGUGCACAUUUGUCUACGUUAAUUUAUUAAUCAAUUAAUUUAUUAUAUUAUUACAUUAAUUUAUUAUAUUAUUUAUUAUAUUUAUUACUACAAUCGUCUUCAUACUGCUGCUUAACUUACUCUAUAGAAAUAGUUCCACGUUUCGAUCUGAACCUUUAUCAGUGUGUUGAUAAAACGUUAGCAAACUGUAAUAGUAUUAUCGUAUCGAACGUCAAUGGAUAUCUUACAGCUGCAAACGAAAAUUUCAAAAAAAUUUAAUGAGUAAAUCUUCAUUUCUCGCAAGAUACUCCUUGAUAAAUCAAUCGUGCAGGGGUAAUAUCAAAGGGGAAGAUUUGAAAGGGGCAGAUGCGAGGAAAACGCACGCAGAAGCGAGGAAGGAGGGAAGCCAUUUGACGUUGUCUCGCGUGCUUCCUCGCGCGUUUCUCUCAUAUCACAUGUGUCUUGUGGCUUCCUACGUUCAGUCGCACUUUUCUCACAAAACGUGCGUUUCUCAUCAACUACUCGCCUGUCUCACAGGUCAGCGAUUUAUAAUCGAACCGUUCACGCCCGUUUUUCAGAUCUCUGGCUCCGCGCGCAACAUCGAACCAGAGUUCCUUGGUAACCUCAUUCGCGGACUUGUUUACCUGCAAGUAAGAAGUGAGGAAGUCCCACAGGGAGAGCUGAGGAGCCAAGUCUUCUUAAACGAGGACAGCUGUAGUAAGAGACUUCCUCCUAGAGGGCGGAACGAAUUGCCUGGCUCUUGCCACUUUGGUGACAAAAUAUAUUCAGAUGGGGAAAAGUGGGUCUCUGAAGAUGAUAAGUGCACAUCGUGUACUUGUGAGGUACCUUGAUAUGAAAUAGAAACUUCAAUUUUGGAAAUUGAUGUUAUUUCUUUAGGCAAAUAUUAACAAUUCUGUUUUAACUACCAACAGGACAGCGAAAUUGUUUGUGCCCCUCUUAAGUGUCAGCGGUUAAACUGCACAGAAGCACCUAUCAUGUUACCUCAUCUAUGCUGCCCGGUUUGUCCAGGUAUUUUGAACGAUUUUUGAUGAUAUAAAAAAAAUCAUGUAGCUCAGUGUUUUUCAGAGAGAGAUUCUAGAUUGAGUUCAUGUGAUCGACUCUUUGUCAAAGAAAAGCAUUAUUUAAAAUGAACAACCAUAAAUGUUCCAAUACCAUUAAGACACAAGUGAGGAUACAAACCCUUUCCCUGCUACAAAAUCUCCCCUAGCCCCAACCCCUGAUAGAAUGUUUCCGACUGAAAAAUUAUGUUUGUCUGAGGUAAAAGGUGUAGAAAAUAAAACAUUUAUCAAUUUUUUCUGUCAGCUAUCGAAGAAAAAGUUGUGAGAUAUUACGAAAAGAGGCAGCGUCCGUCCUUGAAAGGAUGCUAUGUAAAAAGAGACAGAAAAGUUUAUCCAGUUGGCGCUGUGUGGUAUCCCUAUGUACAGCCAUUUGGUUACAUGAGAUGUCACGCCUGCACAUGCCUGGUAAGCGGUUGUUUACAUAAUCACAUGCGCCUGUGAAUAUUUAUAAACUACUAUUAUGGCUCAAAGGUUUGUUUUUAGUCGUUGUUUUUAUUUAUGAACACACGUUUUCCCAUAUUUUUUCUCAGAAAAAAUCAGAAGAAAUAUCAUGCACUCAAGUGAAAUGCCCAGAACUUCGAUGUAAAAAUCCAAUCAAAAUGCGCAUGAGUGACUGCUGUAUGCGAUGCCCUGGUAAGGAGUGUUUUAAUUAGCGUUAUGUAACAUAUUACAGUGUAUAACUUCCGCAAACCUGAAUUGAGAGAGUAUGAGUUGAACCGAGUAAAGCUGGGGAAAAUAAAGAUCAAAUGAAAUUUUUUUGAACGAAUUCCAUACUAAGAAGAUCCUUAUCUUUUUGUUCCAGAUGACGAGGAUUCAAAAUCAAAUGGAGGCAAGAAAGUUAGAAAAGGUAAAAUUAAUUCAGACUUAUAUAUUCAUGAACUGUUGUUACUUUCCUAUUGCUUAUAACAAAGAGGCUGACGGCAUUUUUCAUUAAUAAUAAUUUCCCCAGGCAAAUUACUAAAUUGAAAACAUUCUAGAAGGCUUAAUAACUUUGACUAAGUGUAUCAUCAUUUCACUGAUGAUUAAUUUUUUUUUAGCAGGAAUGGUUCACUAGCGUGAUGUUAAUCCUUAAAUUUUACUUGGUCCGAUGCGAUUACAAAGACAAGUAACAGAAAGUUUGAAAUGUUAUCUAUUGUCAACUUAUUUCUGAUCUUUAGGCUGCACCUUACGUGGAAGCAACUAUAGACACGGACAAACAUGGAGGCCAUAUUUCCCGAUAUUUGGCUCUUCAAGAUGUAUAACGUGUAGGUGCCAGGUGAGACGGUUUUUACUGCAUUUCCUUUCCUGAAAAAUGGCGGCCAAAAAACAUUGGUCAAGACUACCCGUGUCUCUAUCUCAACCGAUCAGAUGCAAAACUAAAACCAACUGGGACUUACUUAAUCGUGCGCCUCAGUUAUUUUGCUUGUUUUUACCUUUAAUUUUUAUCGGCCACCUGUAGUAUUUUCCAUAAUGUGCGAUUGCUUUGAUUGGUCGUUAAGCUUACUAUGGUAAGCAAAAUGCGCUCUAUGUUCCGUAAUUGGCUGCAAAAACUUGUAGGUGCAAGUCAGCUUAUGAACAUCAAGAAAUCAUAGCGGAGCUCACAGGGCGUAGCCCUUUAAUUAUACAAAAUAGUAGUAACCCAUCAAGCCGAAAAAAUUUGGAUGUACGACCGUACGACCGUACAAGGUACUACUUUUAACAUGCGUGGUCAACUGUACCGCGGGCACGCCAAUGUUACGGCUUUGUUCAGUAGUCCAGCGGUCAGUGCACUGGGCUCCGAGCCGGACGACCCGGGUUCUAUUCCUGGCUGGGGCAAGGCGUUGUGCCCUUUAGACGUGCGGGGAAAAAAAAUGCGAGCUCCGCUUUUAGGCUUGGCUAAAUCUGUAUAUUAAUGCUUUGUUACAAGUCAGUCACGUUCCUUUCCAUUGCCUGGCGGAGGAAAAUAUUGCGCUUUUCCACAGUUUUCUCUUGUUUAUGUCUUUUUCUUGUUCCCUAAAAUGACAUGUCUGAGUAUUUAUUAAUCGUAAUUUCACAGAUGAUUACAGUAGUGUGAUAGUUUUGUUCCUUGAUUCACAGAACGGGCGAACGCACUGCUUACGAGAUCCAUGCCCGAAAGGACAAUGUAGAAGUACGCUCCUAAUUGGGGCAUCGACGAGUUGUUGCCAGGCGUGUCCAGGUAGUCAAAAAUGAACGUGUUUAAAUGUUUCCUUUUGAGAAAACGUCAUACGUGAUUUGAGGAUGGCAAAGGGGGAGGGGGAUGGUCUUUAUUCCGUUUCACGCACGAAUUUAGAAGGGAAACUUGAACUCUUCCCUUGCCUUGCCCUUCUGUCUAAAUUCAGGCGUCACGAAUUAAUUUUGGGCUUAUGUAUACAUUCUAUUCCACCCUCUGAUUUGAAUUCAGAAUCCCUUUGAAAAAUAGAAGCAGUAGGCUUCUUAGUGCCUGCUUGUGCUCUUGAACAACUUUUAAAGAAUCUUCGACUGAGAAAAGUAGGUUCCCUAAAUGGUUUUAAUCUUAUUUGUUUAUGUCUGCCUGAAUAUGUUGGUUACUCAGGAGUGUUUUAUUAACUUGACGUUUUUGCUGCUUGUUUAGGAUCGUGAGACCGACUAUCAACUUUAAACAAUUCUCCCCGAGGGAUGAUCUUGGAGUGAACCACAUAGUCUGAAGUCUGUUAAAAUGUCCGAACAUACUUCAACGAUAAAUCCAACACUUUCACCUGACGAUAAACGCACGACAAAAGAUCCAGUGAUUAAUUUGACUUCCAUUCGACGAUGGCAUAACUACUUUGGCCAUAAAGCCGGAUUAAGAAACUAAAAAUGAUUUCUAUACUUUCCUGUGAGAGGAAAAAAAGAGACCUCAAGCUCAGAUAAUGUAAAAUAUUCCCCUUAACUUCGACUCGUGGGGAUUUUUCAGCGACACUUUCUUCGUCUUUGGCGAGUUAUAUUCAUUAGACAGGUAGCCUUUGGUUAUGUAUGUUUAACGCUCAAAAGGCGUGUUCCUUUAUUCUGAAUAAGGUAAUUUAGUCCUUAACGAUUCCAUCGUGAUGAAUUUGUUAUAUUCAAGACCCAGGGUUCUACCAUAAUCCUUCCAUCCCAAAAUUCAAUGGGUGAUUCUCCCUACUUCUGUACUUUACGUUGUAAUAUAGUAGCCUUUAGUGCCGAACAGCGCUUCAAGUUUGAGCAUCAUAAAACUUAAACCAUAAUAAUCAUAAUGGCCAAUCAGAGCGAAGGAAAAACCUCUAUAAGAUAAAGAGAACUCGGCGCAAAACAAAAGCGCGGGAAAAUGUAAGGAGUUGCCAUUGGUUUAACUUGGCAUUUGACUGGCUGACAUGGUGGCGCGAGUGUCCUGGACCGAUCAUAGAACAUAGUGAGGCACAACCAGUACGGAUUACUUUGGACACUCAAUCGACAAUUUCUCAAUGAACAUAACACCUAGAGCUGAUCACUUUAACUAAUCUCAUCACCUCUUUACUUGAUAAUGCAAUUGCAUUGUAAGGAAAAGCUACAUAUUAAUCUCAUCUGGAAGUUGGGGGGGAAGUAAUUAGGUGUGGCCAAAUGACUUGCGCACAAAGCAGAGUUUGUAAAAUAAUUGUAAUAAUCCCAUUCAUUAUCCUUCCCUGCCAUCAUGUAAAUUGCAGGUCUUAUAUUCCUUUUCCCAUAGAUUUUCCCCCAAUUUACUUCCCCGCACAGGCUCCCCAACCCCUUUUGGCCAAAUUAUGAGGUAAUGUUUCUACUUAAUUGUUAGAUGACAAUUGAUUUUUUUAAUUUAUUUCCAAUUGGACAUAUCAAGUGAUUGUGAACGGAUGUUCAUAGAUGUUAAAAUAAUUAUUGCAAGUGACACAAAUUAGUGAAAAAACAAUCUUUGGAGUUCUCCAAAGUUAACUUUCUUGUUAAUAUAUUCUGCUUUGUAGAUAGCCAUGACAAUGUGAGAUAACAUUAAAAACAUUUUUUUUAACUUUCAUAUACCACUGACUGUAAGUUUCACCUCAAGAAUUCAAAUGAAAAAACUUAAUUUUUUGUUAGGACUUGAAAGGCAGGCUCCCCU